AUGGGUCGGCUUUUCUCUGAUAAUGUCCUUAUCGCUCAUGAGUUACUGCAUUAUCUCAAGACUGCGUCUCUCGGGGUUAGUCGGGGUGCGGCAGUGCAGAUUGAUGUGGAAAACGCAUACGACCGUGUUGAGUGGUCUUUCCUCCGGAAUAUGAUGCUUCGUCUUGGCUUUGCUCUCUCUUGGGUUUCGCUCAUUAUGUCUUGUGUUACCUCAGUCACAUACUGUGCUCGAGUUAAUGGUUGUCUUACAGAACGUUUUCGGCUAUCACGUGAUCUUAGGCAAGGUGAUCCAUUAUCACCCUUUUUGUUUCUGUUGUGCUCUCAAGGGAUGUCGUGUUUCCUACAUAAUGAGCAGCGUUCUCAUCAUCUUCAAGGCUUAAGGGGAGAUUCUUCAUACUUAUGGAGCAGCCUCUACUCAACAUGUGAAUUUAACAAGUUCAGUGUCUAUUUUUGUGUUAACACAACAAUCUUCGUUCGUGUUGCUUUAAGAGCUAUUCUUGGGGUCUCAGUAAUUGAUGACCCAGGCAGAUAUAUAGGUGCUUCUCUAGUUAUUGGCCGAAACAUGACAACAGCAUUUGGUUUCAUCCGGAAUAAAUUGCUGGCAAAUGUUCGAGACUUGGAGACUAUUCUUCGUUCUUAUUGGUGGGCGAGUAACCCGACCGAGCGAGGAUGGCCGAUGGUGGCAUGGGAAACUAUUUGUCGACCGAAGCAUCUACGAGACCUGGAAUUCCGUAAUCUCCGCCAAUUCAAUCUUGCUUUAUUGGGCAAGCUCUUAGGUGUGAGACCUUAUGCUUGCAAGGUAUAUACAACUCCAUUUUGGCUCUUCGUGUGGGGUUUCACUGGCGUUCUCAACCCUCUUCGUUGUGGACAAUUUAUGCAUCUGAAUGAAUCACGAUGGAAUGAGAACUUGGCGCAUGAAGUUUUUCAGCCUGCGGAUGCAGCGAUAAUCCUUGCUUGUCAGUUGUCCCAUUGCUCCGGUUAUGCAAGAAAGUUUGAUUUGGAGUGGUCACUCUUCCAGGGUUUUUUCAGUCAGAUCAAGUUACUUCUUCCUUCUUCGCCAACACCGUCGUGA